AUGGACCAGAUCAAGCCCCCGAAGAACCUUAUAUUGUCUCGCGAGAGCAUGAACGCGGCUCUAGACGCUCUCCGGGCUGGGCGAUCGGUGAAAGAGGCUACCCAGGAGGUGGCUAGGACUAUUUCUGCCAGGACGGUUAGUAAGCCUCUUGCUCCACCCUCCUCCCGAGCUCCCAAACCGAGUACCCGGGGAGCUAGGUCUGCCAGGUCCCCCAGCAGCAGGUCGAGCUCUGCUAUUCAGCCCCCUCGAGCUUCCCGGUCCCAACGAACUUUCGCUGAGGGAGCGAAGAAAGCUCCAAAACACACCGCUAUGUCAUCCGCGGGCGCCGAGCUGGCGAGAGCGGACUCAACCUUGCCUCCAACAGACGCCGCCAGGUCAUCCGCGGGCGCCGAGCUGGAGAGAGUGGACUCAACUUUGCCUUCCGGGGAGGCCCCUGAGGGGAGAAUCGAGACCCCCAUAACUGAAGAGAUGGCUCCCGGAGGCGAAGCGAGGGUCAUCCUUGUGGAUGAGGAUGUAAGGGAAGCUGCUGGUGAGGAUGCUCUGGUCAUUAGGGAUAUCCUCGCGAAGGCUGCCGAGACUAAGACGGCUGAGGAUGCUCUUCCCCAAAAGGAAUCCUCAGGUGUCCCUGAAGAGGUUUCUGGGAGGAUGGACAUCACCCACCAGUCCCCAGCGAGCGUGGUCGCUGAGGUUAUUCGGGAACGGAUGUUUGGUGGGAUCACAGCAGCUUCGGAUCCUCGCCUGCUGGCUCUUUCCGGCCUCCUGGCUAGCUCUACUCAAGAGCAGGUGGCCUUCCGAGCUCGGUCCAAAGAGGACCUCGGGAAUACUGCUAGGGAGCUACUCUUGAUGGUCACAGGCAUAUUCAUGGAGAUGGAUGCCCGGGAUCGCGCUCUCAGGGAAUUUAUGGACCGCCGUAUAGAAGAGGCGCGCCUUGAGGAGAACUUAUCUGCGACCAGCGAUGCCCGGGGCAAUCUCGCCGCUGUCCAAGAAGACUAUAGGUCCCUUCAGUUGAAGGAUUUGCACACGGCCUUGGAGGCCCGUAAGAAGGCUGAGGGGGAGACAGCUGAGGCGCAAAAGCAUGCCCAGUCCCUGGAAGCGGAGUUGUCUCACGCCCGGAGGGUUCUCAAGGAAUCUGACGAGAGGGCAGCUGCAGCAGAGGUCCAUUCUGAGGAAGUUUUGAAGCAGCUGUCCUCCACAGUGGAUGCUCUGCGUGAGAGGGACGAGGCCGUGAGCCAGAAGGAGGAGGUCCAGCGCCAGCAUGAGCAGCUGAAGGUAAAAUUUGAUGCUGUGCUGGCUCAAAAGAGUGAAGCCGUAGCCCGGGUUGUGGUCCUGAAGCAGGAGCUGAGCAAGCAAGCUGAUAGUGUUAAGGGCUUGACUUUGGCGGCAGAGGAGUCCAAACUUCAGAAUCAGCAACUCUGCCAACAAGUCAAAUCCCUGGAGACGAGGUGCUCAGCCCUACUUGAAGGGGUCAAAUUGGCUGAGGAUAGGGUCCAGCUGGAGGUUGAGAAGCGUCUAAGGGAGUAUAAGGAGUCCCCCGAGCUGAAGAAGGAGAUCCAGCAGGCCGGUGAAGCUUAUCUCCAAAAUUACAAGAAUUCUUUGGAGCUAAAAGCCGAGGUAGCUGAGGCUUGCGAGAGGCGACUUGCGGAAUCUAAAGCUUCUGAUGAGAUGAAAACGGCCGUAUGGAAUAAGGGCUUCCGCAUGUUCGUCUCCGGCUUCAACUGA